AUGACCGCCGCAGCAGCAAGUGACAGCAAGUCCUACAUUUUCCAAGGAAUCAUUGAUAAGCCCGGAGCACAAGUCGUCGGGGGUAAAGGUGUCUUGAUCGAUAUAGAAAGAGAUGGGAAGGUUUACCCUAACAUGAUUGACGCUAUUGGUGGGGCAGCGGUUGCUUCGCUUGGUUGGGACGACGAAGAAGUUCAAGAUAUCAUAGCAAAAGCUGCAACUGAGACAACGUAUUCUUAUCCUACACUAAUUGCCAACAAGGAAGCUGAGAGAUUGGCUCAAUUUUAUAUUGAAAAUUCUCCUAAAGGAGCUUUUUCUGCCGCUUUGUGGUGUACUUCUGGUUCUGAAAGUAAUGAAAAUGCUUUGCGGAUAGUCAGACAAUAUUAUUUGGAGCGUGGACUUCCAAACAAGGUUAAAAUAAUUAGCAGAGAGAGCUCUUAUCAUGGAUUCACCCUUGGUGCUCAAGCUAUUUCCUGGAACCCAAGAAUUGAUAAAUUUGAACCUUAUCUGUUUGGCAGAAACACCAUCUGCUUGAAGAUGCCUUGUGCUUACACUUACCGUUUCAAAAAUAAGUCUGAAACUGAAGAACAAUACUCGCAGCGCCUUGUGGACCAAGUUGAGAAAAUGGUUCUUGACAAUGACCCUGAUACUGUAGCUGCUAUUAUCGUGGAGACUUUGCCAGGUUCAUCUCUAGGUACUACACCUCCUCCUAAGGGUUACUUAAAGAUGUUGAGAGCCCUGUGCAACAAAUACGAUAUAAUUUUCUACCUUGAUGAGGUUAUGUGCGGUACUGGUAGAUGUGGUGGAGAUGGAAAACUUAACUGUUGGGAAAACUUUUUAGACCCAGAUGAAGCGCCAGACAUUCAAACAGUUGGAAAAACACUUGGUUCCGGAUAUGUCACGAUUGCUGGUGUUCUAGUGGGCCCAAAAAUUAAGGAUGCUUUUAUGAACGGAUCCAAGGCGAUUUUUGGUGGGCACACCUAUUCUUGCCAUGCAUUCAAUUGCGCUGUUGCUCUGGGCAUUCAAGAAAAAAUUAAAAGAGAGAACUACACUGGUAACGUUUUUGAAAAGGGAACUUUGAUUAACAAGCUACUCACAGAUAAACUUCUUUCUGAGGAUAACAUUGCAGGUGAUGUUAGAGGUGUUGGUGGAUUUCAAUCUGUUGAGUUUGUGAAGGAUAGAGUCACGAAAGAGGCAUUUGACACUUCGUUAAACGUUGGAGCCCGCUUCAAAGAGAAGUGCUUCUUAAACGGUUUGGUAGUCAUGGGUAUGCCAUCAAAUCCAGAUGGUAGCUGCGGUGAUCGUGCACUCCUUGCUCCUUCAUUUGUUUUGACCGAAGACGAUGCUGAAGCGAUUGUUGAGAAAUUCGUCAAAUCAGUAAAUGAGUUAACGGAUGAGUUGAGAGCUGAAGGCGCGUGGAACUGA